AUGGGCAAACCCGUCAAAAAGGGGAUGAAAUUGCUGGAAGGGAAAGGUGGUGGUGAUGCAGCGAUUCCCCAAAGACGUAGUAAGACUGGGAGAAUACGCAUUGAGGGAUAUGACACUGGUCUUGCUCGUGAUGAUGCCGUGCGCAAGUUGAGAAAGCUUUUCGCUUCAUGUGGAGAGAUGACUGAUGUGUAUGUCGGCGUAAUUGGUGAUAAGCUCACUCGGGAUGCUUAUAUCUACUUUACCCGAGAGGACGCAGUAGACAAGGCGUUGCAACUUCAUGGCAAAGACGUUGGAGGAUGGAUUUUGCAUGUUGAGGCUAUGCCGGUUCCCGAGUGUGCAAGCAGUUCUCCUUGCUUUUUGAUUAAAGGAUAUGAGACUUCGCUUAGUAACAAGGCUAUCGAGAAAGCGGCAACGAAACAUUUCUCUUCAUGUGGAACGGUCAGGAGAAUCUCGAUUCUCAGGAGCACCGGUGCAGCUUUGGUUUUUCUCGAGGGAGAGCAAGCAGCAGAGAAGGUGCUGGAACUCGGUGCCUUCCACAUAAGAGGACGCGAAGUGGUUGCUAAGCUUGUUUCUACACCGAUAAAUCCCACUUUCCACAAUCAUGGUAUUAGGGGCCGCAGGUGGUUUCCAACCCCAGGAAAGGAGGCUAAGAUGACCGCUGAGUAG